AUGGAGGGAGCUCCUGGCGGCGGCGGAAGCCACCAGAGCUCUCAAUCAGAGAAUCAUAACCCCGAGUAUGUGAGGAGCCUGCCGAUUGCGAACGUCGCUCGCAUCAUGAAGAAGGCCCUGCCUGACGACGCAAAUAUCACCGCGGAGGCCAAAGUCUUUGUCGAGGAAUGCGCAACCGAGUUCAUCAGCUUCAUCACCAGCGAAGCAAGUGAAAGGGGCCAAAUAGAGAAAAGGAAGACACUAACUGGAGAUGAUGUGUUAAAUUCUCUGAACACCUUAGGGUUUGGGAAUUACGUUGAGCCACUCAGAGCGUAUUUGAUGAAAUACAAAGAGAAUGAUUUUAAGGAAGAAAACAAGGGAUCCAAUAGCAGAGGAUAG